GGCUGUCCUCUCCCGCCGCGGCCGGGCGCCCCGGCCUCGCCGCCGCCGCCUUCCCCGGCUUCCUCCCCGGUCACCCCCGGCCCCUGCCCAUCGCCUCGGGGGCGUCGCGCCCAGAGCCCAGCUUCGUGUGGGAAGCGGAGUGUAGUUUGCGGGCUUCAAUCCACUUCCUUCUGCCGAUUGUUUUCCCGUAGCAGACGGUGCCAGCACCAGCAGACGUUUUUGAAUCAACUGAGAGAAAUUACGGGGAUUAAUGACACCCAGAUACUACAGCAAGCCUUGAAGGAUAGUAAUGGAAACUUGGAAUUAGCAGUGGCUUUCCUUACUGCUAAGAAUGCUAAGACCCCUCAGCAGGAGGAGACAACUUACUACCAAACAGCACUUCCUGGCAAUGAUAGAUACAUCAGUGUGGGAAGCCAAGCAGAUACAAAUGUGAUUGAUCUCACUGGAGAUGAUAAAGAUGAUCUUCAGAGAGCAAUUGCCUUGAGUUUGGCCGAAUCAAACAGGGCAUUCAGGGAGACUGGAAUAACUGAUGAGGAACAAGCCAUUAGCAGAGUUCUUGAAGCCAGCAUAGCAGAGAAUAAAGCAUGUUUGAAGAGGACACCUACAGAAGUUUGGAGGGAUUCUCGAAACCCUUAUGAUAGAAAAAGACAGGACAAAGCUCCCGUUGGGCUAAAGAAUGUUGGCAAUACUUGUUGGUUUAGUGCUGUUAUUCAGUCAUUAUUUAAUCUUUUGGAAUUUAGAAGAUUAGUUCUGAAUUACAAGCCUCCAUCAAAUGCUCAAGAUUUACCCCGAAACCAAAAGGAACAUCGGAAUUUGCCUUUUAUGCAUGAGCUGAGGUAUCUAUUUGCACUUCUUGUUGGUACCAAAAGGAAGUAUGUUGAUCCAUCAAGAGCCGUUGAAAUUCUUAAGGAUGCUUUCAAAUCAAAUGACUCACAGCAGCAAGAUGUGAGUGAGUUUACACACAAAUUAUUAGAUUGGUUAGAAGAUGCCUUCCAAAUGAAAGCUGAAGAGGAGACGGAUGAAGAGAAGCCAAAGAACCCCAUGGUAGAGUUGUUCUAUGGCAGAUUCCUGGCUGUGGGAGUACUUGAAGGUAAAAAAUUUGAAAACACUGAAAUGUUUGGUCAGUACCCACUUCAGGUCAAUGGGUUCAAAGAUCUGCAUGAGUGCCUAGAAGCUGCAAUGAUUGAAGGAGAAAUUGAGUCUUUACAUUCAGAGAAUUCAGGAAAAUCAGGCCAAGAGCAUUGGUUUACUGAAUUACCACCUGUGUUAACAUUUGAAUUGUCAAGAUUUGAAUUUAAUCAGGCAUUGGGAAGACCAGAAAAAAUUCACAACAAAUUAGAAUUUCCCCAAGUUUUAUAUUUGGACAGAUACAUGCACAGAAACAGAGAAAUAACAAGAAUUAAGAGGGAAGAGAUCAAGAGACUGAAAGAUUACCUCACGGUAUUACAACAAAGGCUAGAAAGAUAUUUAAGCUAUGGUUCCGGUCCCAAACGAUUCCCCUUGGUAGAUGUUCUUCAGUAUGCAUUGGAAUUUGCCUCAAGUAAACCUGUUUGCACUUCUCCUGUUGACGAUAUUGACGCUAGUUCCCCACCUAGUGGUUCCAUACCAUCACAGACAUUACCAAGCACAACAGAACAACAGGGAGCCCUAUCUUCAGAACUGCCAAGCACAUCACCUUCAUCAGUUGCUGCCAUUUCAUCGAGAUCAGUAAUACACAAACCAUUUACUCAGUCCCGGAUACCUCCAGAUUUGCCCAUGCAUCCGGCACCAAGGCACAUAACGGAGGAAGAACUUUCUGUGCUGGAAAGUUGUUUACAUCGCUGGAGGACAGAAAUAGAAAAUGACACCAGAGAUUUGCAGGAAAGCAUAUCCAGAAUCCAUCGAACAAUUGAAUUAAUGUACUCUGACAAAUCUAUGAUACAAGUUCCUUAUCGAUUACAUGCCGUUUUAGUUCAUGAAGGCCAAGCUAAUGCUGGGCACUACUGGGCAUAUAUUUUUGAUCAUCGUGAAAGCAGAUGGAUGAAGUACAAUGAUAUUGCUGUGACAAAAUCAUCAUGGGAAGAGCUAGUGAGGGACUCUUUUGGUGGUUAUAGAAAUGCCAGUGCAUAUUGUUUAAUGUACAUAAAUGAUAAGGCACAGUUCCUAAUACAAGAGGAGUUUAGUAAAGAAACUGGGCAGCCCCUUGUUGGUAUAGAAACAUUACCACCGGAUUUGAGAGAUUUUGUUGAGGAAGACAACCAACGAUUUGAAAAAGAACUAGAAGAAUGGGAUGCACAACUUGCCCAGAAAGCUUUGCAGGAAAAGCUUUUAGCGUCUCAGAAAUUGAGAGAGUCAGAGACUUCUGUUACAACAGCACAAGCAGCAGGAGACCCAGAAUAUCUAGAGCAGCCAUCAAGAAGUGAUUUCUCAAAGCACUUGAAAGAAGAAACUAUUCGAAUAAUUACCAAGGCAUCACAUGAGCAUGAAGAUAAAAGUCCUGAAACAGUUUUGCAGUCGAUCAUGAUGACACCGAACAUGCAAGGUAUUAUCAUGGCGAUAGGUAAAUCCAGGAGUGUAUAUGACAGGUGUGGCCCUGAAGCAGGGUUCUUUAAGGCAAUUAAGUUGGAAUAUGCAAGGUUGGUUAAGUUGGCCCAAGAAGACACCCCACCAGAAACCGAUUAUCGUUUACAUCAUGUAGUGGUCUACUUUAUCCAGAACCAGGCACCAAAGAAAAUUAUUGAGAAAACAUUGCUAGAACAAUUUGGAGAUAGAAAUUUGAGUUUUGAUGAAAGGUGUCACAACAUAAUGAAAGUUGCUCAAGCCAAACUGGAAAUGAUAAAACCUGAAGAAGUAAACUUGGAGGAAUAUGAGGAGUGGCAUCAGGAUUAUAGGAAAUUCAGGGAAACAACUAUGUAUCUCAUAAUUGGGCUAGAAAAUUUUCAAAGAGAAAGUUAUAUAGAUUCCUUGCUGUUCCUCAUCUGUGCUUAUCAGAAUAACAAAGAACUCUUGUCUAAAGGCUUAUACAGAGGACAUGAUGAAGAAUUGAUAUCACAUUAUAGAAGAGAAUGUUUACUAAAAUUAAAUGAGCAAGCCGCAGAACUCUUCGAAUCUGGAGAGGAUCGAGAAGUAAACAAUGGUCUGAUUAUCAUGAAUGAGUUUAUUGUCCCGUUUUUGCCAUUAUUGCUGGUGGAUGAAAUGGAAGAAAAGGAUAUACUAGCUGUAGAAGAUAUGAGAAAUCGAUGGUGUUCCUACCUUGGUCAAGAAAUGGAACCACACCUCCAAGAAAAGCUGACAGAUUUUUUGCCAAAACUGCUUGAUUGUUCUAUGGAGAUUAAAAGUUUCCAUGAGCCACCGAAGUUACCUUCAUAUUCCACGCAUGAACUCUGUGAGCGAUUUGCCCGAAUCAUGUUGUCCCUCAGUCGAACUCCUGCUGAUGGAAGAUAAACUGCACACUUUCCCUGAACACACUGUAUAAACUCUUUUUAGUUCUUAACCCUUGCCUUCCUGUCACAGGGUUUGCUUGUUGCUGCUAUAGUUUUUAACUUUUUUUUAUUUUAAUAACUGCAAAAGACAAAAUGACUAUACAGACUUUAGUCAGACUGCAGACAAUAAAGCUGAAAAUCGCAUGGCGCUCAGACAUUUUAACCGGAACUGAUGUAUAAUCACAAAUCUAAUUGAUUUUAUUAUGGCAAAACUAUGCUUUUGCCACCUUCCUGUUACAGUAUUACUUUGCUUUUAUCUUUUCUUUCUCAACAGCUUUCCAUUCAGUCUGGAUCCUUCCAUGACUACAGCCAUUUAAGUGUUCAGCACUGUGUACAAUACGUAAUAUUUGGUAGCUUGUAAAUGAAAUAAAGAAUAAAGUUUUAUUUAUGGCUACCUA